AAUAUCCAGAGAAAAACCUGAGAGCUGUCACGCCCGCAUUUCAACUUUCAACCAGUAACCAGUCCAUCGUUCACCAGCGCCUCUAUGCGCAUAAAACGUACUUCGUUCCACGAAAAAGAUCAAGAUAGCCGCUGUUGUCAGUGAAGCACCGAUGAUACCGCGACGUGGUUAAUACGUCCUGUCAUCUAACCGAGAGAUACAUCGGAGUUCGAUCGAGAGGAUUCGGUAACACUUCGUCUCGUCUGCUUGCGUUUGACCACCAAUCUACGACUGAACGCAAAGCGGUAGACGAGGAGUCGAGAGUAAAUCGCGCAGAUUAAUGCACAGCUGAUGCGUCCGUCUGAGGCGAGUCGUCGCGGCUGACAGGGAUACAGAGAUGUCAUUCAAAAUUGGUCAACGCGUCGAGGUCCCCGUAAAGGAGUGCCAAGGCGUGAUCGCCUACGUCGGCCACCCGGCGUUCGCGUCGGGUAAAUGGAUUGGCGUGAUACUCGACGAGCCAAAGGGAAAGAACAAUGGUAGCGUCAAGGGCCAGGUGUAUUUUAAGUGUGCCGAGAACUAUGGCAUGUUUGCGCGUCAAACACAACUUAUUCUACUGGAUGAAGCUGGCAAUAGAACUGAGCCUGUCAGUCCAUCAUCUGCAGGUAGCAACGCUACAACGCCUGAUGAUAGUGGUGCCGCUAGAGCCAGGAGUCGACUAAAUAGCAUUAGUAUGCGUCGAAGGAAUGAGCCUACAGCUGUACGGAGAAAAACAUCUCCUGCGAAUGUUACUCGCCAGCAAUCUGACAAAUUUUCUGGUUCUCGAUUGUCCUUGUCUGGAAGUAGAACAUUAUUAAGUGCCCCAAGUACAGAAAGUCUAACCGGAUCACUGCACGAACGUAGAGACGGCGGCGAAUCAUUAAUCCCAGCACCAACCUCAGCUUCGAAGCGUGCCUCAUUCGUUGAGAAGUCCCCUAGCACGAGCUCGCCUCCCGGCAAAAAGCCAAAGGCCCAAGAUGAUCAGAAUAAUACAGGUUUUGUAGAAACGUUGAAACCGCAAUUCGUGCCCGGUCAGGUGAUGGCGGGUUCAGCAGCAGCCGCAAAUCUGGUGGAAGAAAAAUUGUCGCACUUGCAACUUGUGCAAGAAAAUGACAAUUUGAAGUCUCAGGUACGUGAUCUUACUGAAAAAGUAGAAACGCUGCGUGUAAAACGAAUGCAAGACAAGGAGAGGAUGAAAGAUUUCGAAAAAACGAAACUUCAAGUCGAACAGCUUCUUGAAUUUAAAGCUAAAGUUAUGGAAAGUCAAGCGAGCCUCCAAAGAGAACUUCAACGAGCUCGACAAGAAGCUAGAGAAGCUCACGCAGCGAGAGAACAAUUUCAGGAAGAAAUGUCUGAUCUUGCAGAAACGGUGGAAAUGGCUACACUGGAUAAAGAAAUGGCAGAAGAAAAGGCUGAAACUCUUCAAAUAGAAUUAGAGCAGCUCAAAGAAAAAUUGGAGGAACAAACAUUGGAUCUAGAGAUAUUACGCACAGAAAUGUCCGAGCGGGCAGCCGGUGGUGGCUCGACUACGGGAGCUUCGAGUUAUGAGGUGAAGCAAUUGGAGCAACAGAAUAAUAGGUUGCGCGAAACGCUUGUGAAAAUGCGUGAUUUGUCGGCACAUGAAAAACACGAAUUCCAAAAGCUGCAGAAGGAUAUGGAUCAGAAGAAAUCUGAGAUCUUAGAAUUGGGUCGCACGAAAGAAAAAUUGUCGGCGCGAGUCGAAGAAAUGGAACAUCAAAUAGCAGAUCUGCAGGAACAGGUCGAUGCGGCGUUAGGAGCCGAAGAAACGAUCGAGAUGUUAGGUGAGAAAAAAAUGGCGUUGGAAGAAAAAGUAGCUGAACUAGAAGAGGCUGUCGCGGAUUUGGAGGCUUUGCAAGAUAUGUCGGAUCAAUUGGCCGAAUCGUCCAAAGAAUUAGAGCUAGAGCUUCGUGAGGAAUUGGACCUCGCUCUUGGAGCAGCACGUGAUGCUCAACGACAUCGGGACGCAGCGUUGGAAACGCUAGCGGACCGCGAAUUAACCAUUACAAAGUUUCGCGAACUCACGCAUCAGUUGCAAGAACAAUGUUUGCAGUUGCAGCAACGAGUUCAGUCGACAGAAUCCACUAAGACUAAUGUUCGAGGUGCAGAUCAACAACUCGCCGAGAUAUUAGACUUCCAGAAAACGUUCGCCGAGACCCGAGCGCAAACCAAGGCAGUCGAUCUCGAAUUGCGUCGCCUAGAUGCCGAGGAAGCACGAAACCACGUAUGCUACUUAUUAUCUUUCAUGCCUCCAGCAUUUUUAACCCGUGGUGGAGAUCACGACGCGAUAUUGACGCUCCUACUGAUACCAAGGAUGACGCAAAAAACAGAAAUCUUGAUUUCGCAAGUACGAGAAAAAUAUAGAUCGAUCGAAAAGAUAGACAGGUCUUCUGUAGUAAGGGGACAUGGAGUAGCGCAGUACUCAUUUAGAUCUCGUCUCUGUUCACAUAUGUAUGCCUUACAAACUACCCUGAGCUGCUUCGAGUCGGCUUUGAACUCGUGCAACUCGGAGAUGUUACUUAAAGCAGGAGCGGCUUAUCCGGAGAUGGCAGCGCAAGAAAAAUCAUUGGAUUCGUUAAUCGAGCUGGCUAAGAGAGAUCAGUUAGACGAGAAUUUGCCGAUGGAUGCAAUUGAGAAGUGUUGCGGAUACUUCGCCACGAUGUUCUCCGUGCUCUUUGGCGAAAGUAUGACUGUCAAUCAGGCGCGUUUAAUUGUGAACGGUACAAGAACCUUGGGCAAUACAUGCGAUGCCAUAGCUACCGACGCUUCGGCGAUAAAAGCAUUGAUACAAGGAGAGGGUGGCGAUAUAGGUCUACUUUGUCAACAUAUUGAAACGACAUGCGAGGUAAUUCAGCAACAUUUGAAAUCGGCUAGAAGGCGAGUACCGCGUGAUCAUGCUGGUCCAGCAUUCUCCGUAGGCGCUAAUCUAGGAUUAGACAAAGAUUGCAAUGAACAAUUUUUGACGUGUUAUCAACAUGGUGUGAAGAUUAUCAAGACACUUCAGUAUCUAUUGAAAAGCGCCUUGCAGGCUAUUACCGAAAAUGGCGAUUUAGACACGGGGCUAGCGGCCGAUAAAUUAAAGGAAAUGGCUGCGACGUCUAGUGAAAGAGUAUACGAUACAGAAGAUUUGGGUCCUGUUGCUACUAUUAAGGCUAGCUUAACCGUGAUACAACAAUUAGCGGCGAAUUUGGCACAGAAGAUGGCCGAGUGUGAGAACGAAUUGGCUAUAAGUGGACAGACACAAAGUCAGCAGCAAUCUAUGGAGAGUGAGCAAAUAACACCAAUCGUAGCUAGAGCGAAUGCAGUGAGAAAGGAGUCGGAAGAAACAAAAAUACUCAGCAGAAAACUCGAAGCAAGGGAUAGCGACAUACGUGAAGCGAGAUUAGCUUUGCGAGAAAAGCAAGAGGAGUUAUCUGAAAUGACAUUGCGGAAGGAAUUAGCCGAGAAACGAUUUGCGACACAACAGCAUGAGCAUGAGAUGAAUGUCGAGAAGUUAAAGAGAAAAUUAGAAGAAGCGCAGAAUCAAUUGAAACGCAAGGAAAAAGAGUUCGAAGAAACGAUGGAUCAUCUACAAACUGAUAUCGACAGCCUAGAAACAGAGAAAGGGCAAUUGAAAGAGAAAUUGAAAUCAAUAGGCAAGAAAACGAUAUCGGUAUCUGGUGCCGAUAGUAUGACAGGAACUACUUCAAUAACAAGCACUUUGGACAACAAAUAUUACAUACAAGAAAUAAAUGCUCUCAGACAAGCUUUGAAUAACGAGCAUCAGCAGAAGAAAAAGAUAAUGUGCGCCGUUUUACGUCAAAAAUUGGAUAGUUUGGAACCGUUACCUUCGCCGACGAGUCUCAAAUCUUUAGAUUCGAAGAUUCAAGAAUUGCGAAAGAAGACUACAGAUCUUGUCAAGGAUGUUGAAAAGACUUUGGUAUAUCCGACAGUUCCCGAUUUGAGACGUAAAGUGCCCGAAACAUCUUAUCAUUAUUUACUGGAACGGCAAAGAAAUAUUAUGCAACUGAAGAAAAGAGUAGACGAGUUAGUGGCUCAAGUACGUCGAGAAGCUAUUAAACGUACGCCAGGUGGAAGAGCUGAAGCGAAUUUCGCCGUAUAUCCGAAUCGUGAGAUGGCAGCGGCAAUGCAGGAACGCAAAUUACUUGCCGCCGAAAUAAAAAUCCCUUGUAAUGGCCCAGAACAAUCGUUUUCUGUUAAUGUAGGACCGCAAGAACUUAGGAAAAUUCACACUCUGUUGUAUUAUUAAGAAUUCGCGUUGUUUAUAUUUACUUCGUGACAAGUUAUGUGAUCAUCUCAAGAAUCCUCAAUCAAUAUCAUGCAAGAAAGA